CUUUCUCCGCUCUUCAUUCUGUCAAUAUCUCUCUCUCUUUCUUUUUUUUUUCUUUUUUUUUUACCCGCUGUCACCACUAAAUUCGGAUUGGGUCAGAAUCCCUGUUCCCAUUGCUCUGUGUGGUGGGGUGAAGCUCAGCUCAGUUUCUGUAAAGUCAUCUUCCGGCAAAUGCAUCAUCUCGCUUGCACUUUUUGAAGAUGAACAUGCGUCCAGAAAAAUCUACUGCACCGCCAUCUAGACGAUCAUGAGUAGCGACAUGCGCCAAGCUUCCGGGAGUAGCAAAGCUAAACGACGACUAAUCGACGCCGACGAAGAUAAUAGAUCGAUUGCUACCGCAGAUGAGAAUGCAUCCAAUCCCAAGAGACAGCGUGUCUCGCGCGCCUGUGACAGCUGUCGAUCGAAAAAGGAUAAAUGCGACGGGGUCCAACCCGUAUGUUCGACCUGCGCUUCGCUGUCCAGACCCUGCACCUACAAGGCCAAUCCCAAGAAGAGGGGGUUACCAACUGGGUACAUUCGCACCCUCGAGUUACUAUGGGGGCUCGUGUUCUGCAAGAUAAAGGGUAGUGAAGAUGUGGUGCGCGCCUUAUUGAAGGCAACCAAUAUGCCGAGUCAUUUGUCUACAAUGGGCAAGGAGGCUGAGGGAUCCGACACACUUCUCUUCUCGUGGAAGAACAGCGCCGUACUUAGAGAUGUCGAGCGAAUGUUGACACUCUUGGAGCAGCCGGAGGAUGAACAAGAUAAAGAGCAACGAGCACCUGGGGAUGGUGAUUCACCUCAGGAUGCAGAGGGUAGUAGUGUACUCUCGUCAGAUACCCUUGAGUGGUGUAUGCCUGAAGGGCUAGGGGACGGCAGGGAAAAUCCAUUGGCUGCAGGACAAUCGCCAGUUAAAACACCUAUAAUUGGAUCAACCGCAAAAAGCCAUCUGACACGCAAUACCCGAGACUCUGGCAGCCAAACUUUCUCCCUGAGAGAUGCGGCGGAGGACCCGAGAAUACUAAUUACUCAUUCACCAUCUCAGUCUCAGCCUGGCCUCAACCCCUCUGGUGGUGCUUUGAUACACCCACCACGUCUCCCCUCUAACGCUUGGGCAUUGAUCGACAUAUAUUUUACCUACACACAGUGUUGGUUUCCAAUACUAGAAAAACAUGAUGUACUUCGGACUGCGUUUAGUCACUCUGAGGGUGAAACAUCUGUUUCGGCUUCAUCUGCUGGUUCCGGCAACCAUGCAGCAUUAUGGGCAGUUCUAGCUCUUGCGUCUAUCCAGGAGGCUUCAAUUACUGCAACUCGUCAGCUACCGCAAAUUUCGAGCGACCGGCCAAAUCCCAAGCAGCUGUAUGCAACAGCCAAGAGUCUACUUCCGGAGGAGGAAGGCGUCCAUGAUAUUGGUCAUGUCCAAGCGUUAUUGAUCUUAUCGCUUAUCAAACUUGGUCAACAAGAAUGGACAGCUGCAUGGAUGCUUGUAGGACAUGCCGUUCGCAUUUCACAAUGUUUGAGAUUUGAUCGCCCUCCUAGCACCCUACCGCCCAAUGGGGAUGCGGUUAAGGGGUCGGGACGAACAAAGCAUGUGCUUCUAGGCUGUUUUGUGCUUGAGACUGUGAUUGCCAUGCAAACUGACCAGGUGCCGUCAUUGCGCAAGAGCGACUUGAUAAAGAUUGGCCCAAUCAACGAGGAUGGUCUGGAAGAAUGGCAUCCUUGGGAGGAUCAGACUGGUAUCCGACCGGUAGAGUCAUCACGGAGCAACUUCCAUCGCGGGCCGCUCCAUGCCUUAAGCGCCUUCAACCGUCUUAUCUCGUUGGUAUGCAUUUUGAACGACGUGUGCUGCCUUAAACAGUCCACAACCGGUUCUGCUCCACAACUGGAGGCGCUGGAGCGCCAGUUACAAAUUUGGAUCUCGGCUCUUCCUAAGAGUUACCGCGUCGAUGUGCAAGCGAAUUCGACGAAGCCAGCCUCGCCUCACAUUUUCGGACUUGAAAUGAUGUAUGAAUGCAUUACUGCUACUCUAAGCCUGCAAUUCGCAAUUCAGAAAUACGAUACCAACAUACAGGAGGAAAUACACAAAGAACGUGCGACAGAAAGCUGCAAAAGAUUACUAUUAUUACUUCAAACAUAUAUGGAGACUUAUAGCCUUUCAGCAACUUUUCCUACUUUUGGUAUGAUACUCUCACUUAGUGCUUUUCAGGAAGGUGAGAGACGUAACUCGUCAUUAUUGUUUGAUCUUGAGUCUGGCUUGAAGCACAAAUUGCGAUCAUUUGCCUCACAUCUUGGGACUGUGUGGCUUAUCCAAGAGAAAGAUACUGCGAGGAUGCACUUAAGAGAGACGACACCGAGUGCGUCAGCAACCCAGCGACAACGAAGCCUGAACCCUAUAGCCUCAGCCGAUCAGAAUUCUUUCCGCCUUUCUGAAAUGCCAUCUUCAGGAAAUGCAACAAAGAGAGUUGGAUUAGUAGACAACAUUCAUUUAGAUAUUGGCGCAGCUGAUCCAUUCCUUUCGAAUUCUUGGAUGCGAACGACAUCAACUGUCGAGGACAAUGCCGUGUUGUCCUUGCCACCACCCACACCGUCGGUGAGCAUUAAUCGGGGGGUUACGGAAACUUUACAACAAGUCUCCCAGCCCAGAGAGUCUGCUUCGCAUAAGCAACGCGCUUCCAUAUCUUCGUCUACAAGGCAAAUGAAUGGAGCGUCUUCACUGCCAGACUUGACUCCAUUUCCAUCUAUACAAUAUCCAACUCCUUAUAGUGAGCCGAAUCAUAACCUUGGCUCCUUUCUCGAUAUCGAUGGAUACGGGUCUCUCCAACGACCAAGGAUUGCUCCUGACCUUGACGCAUUAUUCGAUGAAUUAGCGUCGUUGGAUGGUACCGAAAAAACGGAUAACCAACCUGAGUUUAUGCAAAAUUUGGGAUUUGUCCCAGACGCUGGAAUACCAGAACUAUACUCAUAUUCCAGCCAGGUAGAGCCUUUCCUUUUGACCCAGACACAACAGUUACCAAUUUCCGACCCUUCAGUGGUACUACGACGGGAGUCUCAACUAAUGAAUAAGCCGCAACCAAACUCGCGAAAUAAAUCUUGAAAACUAAACAGUACCGAGCGAGGCUUUUGAUUGAAUCCAAAGAGGUCUGAGUCCUCGAAUUGUCCACCUAGAUAUAAUUGCCCGCUGGUGGCAUCGGUUUAAAGUGCCAAACGAUGGGCUGGCCGUUGCAGUGCAAUGGCUGCUCAGUAAAGGGCUACGAGGAGGCCAUGUAUAGCGUUGUUUUUCUACAUUUAUUUCUUGGCUGUAUAUAUUAGUGCGUACAUACUUUUCCAUCGGUGCAUGGUAUGGAGGAUGACCUAGCCGAUGUGCAAAUUGACCAAUACUUGCAGUGGGACAUUUACACAUUAGGCUAUACAAUAAUGCCCAGGUUUUCA